ACCAGGUGCCCCGCACGGCAGAGAACUUCUUGGCCCUCUACGCUAGCGGCUACUACGACAGCACUGUGUUCCACCGCAACAUCAAGGCUUCAUGGUAUAAGGCGGCGACCCCAUCGGUUCCGGCAAUGCAGGGCCUCCAUCUGGGCACCAAGUUCGCCGACGAGUUCAGGGAGUCCCAAGGUAGCACACUAUGCAGUGCAGGGCCUAACAGCGGACCCAACGUCAACGGCAGCCGGUUCUUCAUCACCUACGCCAAGCAGCCGUUCUGAAAAAAAAAUUGAACAGAGUCACCCAAGAAUGUGCAUGUCUGGAAUGACAGCUUCAGAUUAACGACAACCACAAUUUUCCAAUUGUGUGGUUUUGAUGGAGUCAUGUAUGGGUAACCAGGAGACCAUCUGAAUAAAUCCGUAUGCACUUCAAUCAUGUGCUAAUGUUGAUUGUACAAUACAUACAUAUUAAUAUAGUGAUUCAUGAUGUCUCAACAUUUUUAGAUGGUAAUCGGUGCCUGCAAGUGUGAGAAUAAACUUAGCUUAUAAUACUAUUACUAUCGUACUAUGGUAUCAUGAUUUAUGUUUAUUCUGUCUAGAAUAUCUGACAUAGAUAUAAGUUUUUUCUCUCGAAAACGCAGGAGAACUACGACUCAUUAUAUUAAGAAGAUAGGAAAAAAAGGCUUGAGAAUUACGCCUCAUGAUUCAUCGCAUUUUUCUUGAUCGUUGUUGCUUCAAGGAUAACAGUCAUACUCGAGAGAAAUGGUGAAAUGAAAUCAUUGGACGGCUAAGAACAGCGCGCCGAUCGGUGUGCAAGAAAGGCUUUCUCAAUGAUGAAAACUGCGUCUGUAAACCCCUCUAUCAAUCGCAUCAGCGCACCAGCUCACGGAAAGAAGCUCAAGAACAUGGUGCCUCCUUUUUUUUCUCUAAAACUUCUGAAAGUUCCUUUAAUCCAUGUUUUAGCUCUUAUCGCGUGGUAGAACUAGCGUUGCAGACGACAAAUACCACCUUUCAUCCAUGACAUAAGGCAAAGGUUAGUCCGCGCAUAGUUUAAUUUGCAGGGGACGAUAACACUUGUAUUAGAUGAUGCAAGUUGCUUGUCUUACAUUUUGAGGUAGGGGAAGAACACUUUUGGUGAGACAGGAACUGGUCUAGAGUUAUCCCUCCGAAAAAUCUUGCAGUUCAAAAUCUGAUCUCUUAGUUUUUGCCGGUUUCUUCUUCACAUCUGUUCCUUUUCUUAGUGAUGUGUUUAGCUUCCUCUGUACUGCUUUGUAUGGAAUCCGGUUGAAUAUUGGGUCAGGCUUGUGCAGUGCAUCAGAAAAAACUCUUUUUAUUUUCUGGAUUUGGCAUAGCAUCUCCCAGUGCCUAGUGCCGGGAAACCAUGACUGAUGUCUCCAGAAUCCAGCAUAUGUUCUCUCAACUCCACUUUAUUAGGGCCAGUUCGGUAACUCCAUUUUCCCAAACUAGUCUUUAGUGUAGACUACGUUACUUUGUGGUUUUGGUUGGUCUAGCCAUAAGGACAUGUACAAUGGUAAUUAAUGUAGAGGCUCUUAAGGUGUUUAAAAAGUUAUUUGCAAAAAAAUCGUAGAGUCAUCUCUCUGUGAAGAGACGCAGCUCGUAAACCAAGUACAAACAGACGACUCAUUUAUCACUGUACGAAUUCGUCGUCUGUUAUAUCGAUCCGAUGACGUACAACCACAUUUACUUCUGCAUUUACUAAUAGACUAUAUUUAUAAACAUUUUAUUGUAUAAUAGAGUCUUUUAGUUGUCCCUUGUGUUUGGAAAGCUGUUUUAAUGUCUCCACCGAACAUACCCUAAAGUCUCUACCUAAUACUGCUUUAGAGCUUUUUCUCUACGACAAGGGAGCUUAAUUUCUGUGCGCAAUUGUCUCUCCGAGGAUCGGUGACGUGCUGACGGCAAACUCCUUGGACAACUACACGGCCGAAGCAAGCAAGGACGGCCCUCGUCAAGAACUCAAGACGCGCGUUUCAAGCCCUGCCUGUUGGUGUGGGGGGCAUGACCUCGGGAGACAGCGCGCGGCCAUGCAGCCGGAUCCGGAAUGGCCGGUCGCGCCGUGCGCCGGUGCCCAUCCCCACGCCCGCCGCAUGCUGCCUCCAUCUGCCCUCGAUCGGGAACUGAGGCCGUGAGGCGUACGAAAUGCUUAAUCAAACACAGUGAUGCGCGGGCGCUCAUCCAUAGGCGUACAGCGUACUGAUGCAGCAUCCAUGGACGUCCUGACCACGCCAUCAAUCAAGCAAAAAUGAAACCAGCAACGGUAGCAAAGUGGCAAUGGUUUCACUUCCAGUCCAAUCAAUUCCUUCGUUUGACGUUCUAUCCCUGACUCAGGUAGUCAGGUGUAGUGCUGCUGCGGCCACAGUGCUCGGCGCUCGCUCGUGCUGCCUGCUGGUGCUCUGUGCUCGAGUGCUCGACGGCCGCUGCCCGCUGCGCUGGGAGCUUGCGACGAGCCAACGGGUCACCGGUCGACGGCCACCCGCGCGCCACCGCGCCAGACUGGGCGCGCCCUCCUCGCCGUGGGUCCUCCACUCCGGGAUCCGGCGGCGGCGGCGGCCUCCCUGCGGCCCUGCCUGCGCCGUGCAGUGCCGCCCCUCGCCGGCGGUCGGCUCAACUCCCUGUCCACCACAGUGCCGAGCCGGCAUCCACCUCCUGCUUCCACCGCCAGUUUGCCACAGUGCCGCGCCGGCCUCCCGUCCCUGGUCGAAGGCCGCCACCGCCACCUACUGAAUUGUGAUAAUGAACGUGACGGCGGCGAGGCAGCGGAGGCUGCCCCCGCUCGGGCCACGGCGGCCACUCCCGCCGCCGCGCCUCCUCGCCGCUGUCAUCGCCUUCGCCUUCGCGCUCCUCUUCCUGCUCCUCGUGCUUCUCUCCAGCUCCUCCCCUCACUCGCCGCCGCCAUCCCACCACGCCGUCGUCGCAAGAUCAUCCUCGUCCUCGGCACCGCCGUGGCCUCGCUGCAGCAGCGCGGCGGCGAGCCUCGGGGAGCUCGGCGACGCGAUGGUGUCCAUGCUGCCCAAGGACCUCCCGUUCACCGUCUUCGUGCCCUCAGUGGACUCUUUCACCCGCGUCCUUAGGCUGCAGGGGUCCAAGUCCAACGCCAGCACUGGAGAUCAGGAAGCGGCCACCGACACCGACACCAACACCUACGCCAUCCUAUCCCGCGUGCUCGGCUUCUCCGCGGUCCCUCGCCGCCUGCUCGCCGCGGACGUGCCGGUGCCGCCGCGCGGGGCCGGGGCGGUGCGCCUCCUGGACUCCGUGUCCGGGCUGAGGCUGUACGCCUCCAGGGACGCGCGCGGGGCGCUCGUCGUGAACGGCGUGCGGUCGGAGUGCGUCGAUAUUAUCAGGGGCGAGACCGUGGUGCAUGUCCUGGCGGGUGUCCUCAUGGACGCCGAAUUUGAGCGUUCGUUCGGUGGAAUUUGACGGCCGAUCAUCAAGUCAUCAACCCUUUGAGUUUGACGUGGCUCAUUUCUUUAUUCUGGAGAGGAUUUGCAAGACAAUGCAUUUGGAAAAUUUUAAAUUGCGGCGAAAACAAGUUGCGACUUGCCUCGGAUGAGGUUAGAUGGAUCUUGAAUAAAAGGUUAUCACUUAUCA